CAGGACUCAGUGAGAUUGUAAACCUAUCAAUUCCUAAACUAUUUCAAUGAGGUAUUCCAUAUUUUUAAUCCUCUGGGCAUUGUCCCUUUUCAAAGAUGACGUCUUUGCCCACCAAUGGGUUAAACGGCACUACUCGAUGAACAACUAUGCAUUGGAUGGGUCUGCUGUCACACAAAACUUUAGGUUUGCAAGGGAUGUUUCAACCCCAUCAGAUAAAGGGCCUUCUACCUGCAGCACAUGGGGACAAGGAGCAAUCAGGACAUAUACAAAUGAAUUUUACUAUUUUGUAUCAACCUGCAAUUUCAUUCUGAGUCGCCAAUGCCAAGACGGCACAGAAGAUUUUAACGUGGAAAUGCGGCGAGGCUCAAAUGGCAAUUUGGAACACAUUUUCAUGCAAAUCGAAGGCACUAUGAUUGUUGUGGCGAAUGGGACAAUUCUGGUUAAAGGCACUAUAGUUUCAUUGCCCUAUGAUGACAAGAUGAUUAAUAUUCAACAAUAUGGAGUUAAUGUGCGCUUUUCAAACAGGAAGCAUACUAUAAUUCUGAUUUGGAACUAUCAAGAUGCACUACAGAUAACAGUUGAUGCUCAAUAUCAAGGGAAACUAUGUGGGCUUUGUGGAGCUUUUGAUGGAAGUUUCCCAACAACCUAUGAUGUUGCUUAUACCCGCCUCCACAACCUGGGUUUUGAGUAUGGUUCCUGCAACACCACAUUCCCUGAAGAAACUAGUUGUCCAUCAGCUAAUGUCUGCUCAGAACUAUCAAACGUUUUCCCGUCGUGUGCUAACACAGCUAUUCAAGCUAAGUACUUGGAGAUGUGUCAGAAAGAUGUUUGCGCUUGUAAAGAAGCCAGGCAAUGUAGUUGUGCGACUUUUGUUGCAAUGUCACAUCAGUGUGUACAUUCUGAUUCUUCAUUGUGGAAAGCAUGGAGGGAAUCCACAGGGUGUGAUCCACACAACUGUCCUGGGAAUCGGAUUUACAUGGAAUGUGGUCCUGUCUGCAUGCCAACCUGUACCGACCCAAAACCUCAGCAACAGUGUGAUCAGUGUGUAAAUACCUGUGGUUGCCCAGAAGGCACUGUCCUUGAUAAUUUAAGAGGCGGUGACAGAUGCAUCCGCCAAAUGGAAUGUCCUUGUGAAUAUGGUCGAGCAGUAUAUAACUCUGGGCAAAUGAGAAACACUUUCUGCCAAUCAUGCAUCUGCCGAAGUGGAAUUUGGGAGUGCACUGAUCUUAACUGCCCUAAAAUAUGUAAGAUUGAAGAAGGAUCUCAUAUCACAACAUUUGAUGGCACUUAUUAUAAUCUGAUCGGUGACUGCUCAUUCUAUGCAAUCAUUACAAAAGACUUGUCAGUAAAAAUUGAAAUGCAUCCAUGUCAAGCUGCAUACAAACAAAUAUGUUUACAGCAAGUUACAUACACAAAGUUUCAGGAUACCUACGUAUUCAAUAAUGAUGGCACAGUUAACUAUAAUGGAAACAUAAUGGGAAUUCCUCUUAUAAAUGGUGAUAUAAUAAUAUUUCAACAGUCUUCAAUAUUCCUUCAAGUAUCAACAGCAUCUGGGCUGAAAAUGCAAAUACAGAUAUCGCCCAUCAUGCAGCUUUACAUUUCACUGCCAAGAAGCGCCCAGGGUAGCACAAAAGGUUUAUGUGGCACCUUCAGUGACAACGCAGAUGAUGACUUUUUAUCUGCAGAGGGCAUCGUGGAGCUAACAUAUAUUGCUUUUUCUAACUCCUGGAGAGAAAACGGUGCAUGUCCUUUGCCAGAAGUGAAUCCUACUUGUGUUAGAUCAGAAAAUGAAAACUAUGCCAAAGAAAAUUGUGCGCACUUAAAGGACCCUGUAGGAGUUUUCUCCAAGUGCCAUUCUACAGUGGAGUUUGCCAAAUAUUAUGAAAUGUGCAAAGUUGCCUCAUGUAACUGUGAGAGGGUCAGUGACUGUAUAUGUGCUGCACUGGGGGCUUAUUCUCAUGAUUGCGCUGCAAAAGGCAUCAUUCUGAAUAACUGGAGAACAUCAAUUUGCAGGGUGACCUGCCCGAGCACCCAGGUUUUUCAGUACAGUAUGACAGCCUGUAACCGUACCUGCAGAUUCCUGUCAAAACCUGAUAUCACAUGUGGGGUCCAGGAUGUUCCAGUUGAUGGUUGUGGCUGCCCUGAGGGAAAGUACAUGAAUGACAAUGGACAAUGUGUGAGCAGAUCAGAAUGCCCGUGUUAUGUUGCUGGUUUGGUCGUGCAAAAAGGGCAACCUAUUAAUAUAAAUGGAGUUCAAUGUUUCUGUGUCGAUGGAGUUCCUUCCUGCCCUGGUGUAGUUAGUCCAUCUAUCCCACAAGAUUGCAGAGGAAAACUAUUUUCAAGCUGCAGCGAUACCAGUACAUGUAAAAGGACGUGUCAAACUCUAAACAAACCAUGCCCAAAUCCUUGUGUACCCGGCUGUGUGUGUUCUGAAGGUUUGGUGGAAGAUUACAAUGGAAAUUGCAUUCCACCAGAACUAUGUCCUUGUUCAUUUGGUGGUGAAAUCUUCAGUUCUGGAGAAACAAUCAAAAGUGACUGCAAUAACUGCACAUGCAAUGGCGGAUCAUGGGAGUGUACUAAUGAACAAUGUCCAAAGACCUGCUUAGUUUAUGGAGAUGGUCAUUUCAUAAGCUUUGAUGGAAGAAGAUAUAGCUACGAUGGCAACUGUGAAUACAUCCUUGCUGAGGACCAAUGUCAUGGAGCAAUUGGUACAUUCCAAAUACUAACAGAAAGUGUUCCCUGCUGUGAAAAUGGAGUGACGUGUUCAAGGAAUAUCAGAAUUUUACUUGAGAAUAGAGAACUAAUUCUCUUGAGCGGAAAUGGAGUAACUGAGGUGUCUCUUGGCCAAACCCAGUGCACAGACAAUUUCUAUUCACUUCACACCGUGGGACUUUAUUUAAUCCUGACAUUUUCUAAUGGGAUCACUGUGAUAUGGGACAAGCAUACACGACUGUCAAUCACACUGGAUGCAAGAUGGAAGAAUAAAGUUUGUGGCCUUUGUGGAAAUUUCAAUUGUGACAUUGAAGACGAUUUGACAACGAAGGGGAACUAUAUAGUGACCAGCUCUGUGGAGUUCGGGAAUAGUUGGAAGACGACACAGUCAUGCUCUAAUGCAGUAAAUCAAACUUUCCCUUGCGAUAGAAAUCCAUAUUGUUUGGCAUGGGCUCAGAAGAGAUGCACUAUAAUUAAAGGCUCAGUCUUUCAAGCUUGCCAUAAAAAGGUUGACCCCACCCCAUACUAUGAUGCGUGUGUUCAAGAAGCUUGUGCCUGUGACUUGGAAGGGAAAUAUCUGGGUUUCUGCACGGCUGUUGCAGUGUAUGCAGAAGCUUGUAACAGAGCUGAUGUUUGUAUUCGCUGGAGAACACCAGAUCUGUGUCCUAUAUAUUGUGACUAUUAUAAUGUACCUGGUGAAUGCAGCUGGCAUUAUCAUCCAUGUGGAACAUUAACAACAAAAACAUGCUCAGACCACUACAUUGGAAAGAAGUUCUCUGCUGACCUUGAAGGUUGUUAUGCCAAAUGCCCAGAAAGUGCUCCUUAUUUGGAUGAAAAUACAAUGAAGUGUGUUACGUUAUCUCAGUGCACCUGUUAUUAUGAUGGGAAAAUAUUGCAACCUGGUGAAACAACAUGGAAUUCCUGUGAAAUAUGUGUGUGCACCAAUGGAAUCACGCAGUGUAACCAAAUUACGGCCACAACUGUGAGCACAACAGCAUCAUCCGCUUCAACUCCAUUUACAUUAUUGGUAACUACUACUUCCUCAACAAUAACAAGCACAGAAAUAUCAGCAACAACAAUAGCAUCAACUAUACCUGGCUUUAACACUGGCUCCACACCUGAAGAAACAACUACAACAACAGAGACAACCACCACAGCUAGUUCUACUGCCAGUUUCACACCUGAAUCAACUACAACAACAGGGACAAGCACCACAAGUGAGACAACUGCCAGUUCCAUAACUGAAGAAACAUCUUCCACAGUACCACGUACUGUAACUCUCUCUACCAGUGUUUCCACAACAGAAGGACCAACUACACCAGUGUCACCAACAACAACAACUGGCUCAACCAUUGGUUCCACAACUGAAGUGCCAACAACAUCAACAGUAACAACAACUGUGUCUACAGCCAGUUCUACAACUGAGGUCGUCUGCCAUGGCAAAUGGUCACCCUGGAUUAAUGAACAUACACCUUCUGAGGACAACCCAGGCGAUUUUGAAUUGCUUGAUCCCAAAGAUAAUGAAUACUGUUCCUACCCUUAUGAAGUAAUCACUAACAUUCAGUGUCGAUUUGUUGAUCAGCCUGAGAGACCAAUCAGCGAGUCACCAGACAAUGUGACAUGCGACAAAGACAAAGGGCUCACCUGUGUAGUCUCUAAAAGUGCUUUGGAAGAGAAAAGAUUUUGUUUUGACUACCAAGUUCGCAUUUGCUGUGAGCCAGUGUCACCAGUGAGCACAACAAGCACCAGUACAACCUCCACUUCAGUGUCAACAACAACACAGGAAACAACUACCACACCUGUGACUGAGAAAACUACUACAGCAGGGUUGACUACAACAGUGAAACCAACUACAACUGGGGCCACUACUGGCUCCACACCGGAAGUGACCACGACAACAGUGAAAUCAGCUACAACCAGGUUCACUCCUGGCUCCACACCGGAAGUGCCAACUCCAUCAACAGUAACAACAACUGUGUCUACAGCCAGUUCUACAACUGAGGUCAUCUGCCAUGGCAAAUGGUCACACUGGAUUAAUGAACAUACACCUUCUAAGGACAGCCCAGGCGAUUUUGAAUUGCUGAACCCCAAAGAUAAUGAAUACUGUUCCUACCCUUAUGAAGUAAUCACUAACAUUCAGUGUCAAUUUGUUGAUCAGCCUGAGAGACCAAUCAGCGAGUCACCAGACAAUGUGACAUGUGACAAAAACAAAGGGCUCACCUGUGUAGUCUCUAAAAGUGCUAUGGAGGAGAAAAGAUUUUGUUUUGACUACCAAGUUCGUAUUUGCUGUGAGCCAGUGACACCAGUGAGCACAACAAGCACCAGUACAACCUCCACUUCGGCAGUGUCAACAACAACACAGGAAACAACUACCACACCUGUGACUGAGAAAACUACUACAGCAGUGGGGUUGACUACAACAGAGACACCAACUACAACUGGGUCCAGACCGGAAGUGACCACGACAACAGUGAAAUCAGCUACAACCAGGUUCACUCCUGGCUCCACACAGGAAGUGCCAACUCCAUCAACCAUAACAACAACUGUGUCUACAGCCAGUUCUACAACUGAGGUCAUCUGCCAUGGCAAAUGGUCACCCUGGAUUAAUGAACAUACACCUUCUAAGGACAUCCCAGGCGAUUUUGAAUUGCUUAAUCCCAAAGAUAAUGAAUACUGUUCCUUCCCUUAUGAAGUAAUCACUAACAUUCAGUGUCGAUUUGUUGAUCAGCCAGAAAGACCAAUCAGCGAAUCACCAGACAAUGUGACAUGUGACAAAGACAAAGGGCUUACAUGUGUAGUCUCUAAAAGUGCUAUGGAGGAGAAAAGAUUUUGUUUUGACUACCAAGUUCGCAUUUGCUGUGAGCCAGUGACACCAGUGAGCACAACAAGCACCAGUACAACCUCCACUUCGGUGUCAACAACAACACAGGAAGUAACUACCACACCUGUGACUGAGAAAACUAUUACAGCAGGGUUGACUACAACAGUGAAACCAAUUACAACUGGGUCCACUACUGGCUCCAGACCAGAAGUGACCACGACAACAGUGAAAUCUGCUACAACCAGGUCCACUCCAGGCUCCACACCGGAAGUGCCACCUCCAUCAACUGUAACAACAACUGUGUCUACAGCCAGUUCUACAACUGAGGUCAUCUGCCAUGGCAAAUGGUCACCCUGGAUUAAUGAACAUACACCUUCUAAGGACAUCCCAGGCGAUUUUGAAUUGCUUAAUCCCAAAGAUAAUGAAUACUGUUCCUUCCCUUAUGAAGUAAUCACUAACAUUCAGUGUCGAUUUGUUGAUCAGCCAGAAAGACCAAUCAGCGAAUCACCAGACAACGUGACAUGUGACAAAGACAAAGGGCUUACAUGUGUAGUCUCUAAAAGUGCUAUGGAGGAGAAAAGAUUUUGUUUUGACUACCAAGUUCGCAUUUGCUGUGAGCCAGUGACACCAGUGAGCACAACAAGCACCAGUACAACCUCCACUUCGGUGUCAACAACAACACAGGAAGUAACUACCACACCUGUGACUGAGAAAACUAUUACAGCAGGGUUGACUACAACAGUGAAACCAACUACAACUGGGUCCACUACUGGCUCCAGACCGGAAGUGACCACGACAACAGUGAAAUCAACUACAACCAGCUCCACUCCUGGCUCCACACCGGAAGUGCCAACUCCAUCAACCGUAACAACAACUGUGUCUACAGCCAGUUCUACAACUGAGGUCGUCUGCCAUGGCAAAUGGUCACCCUGGAUUAAUGAACAUACACCUUCUAAGGACAGCCCAGGCGACUUUGAAUUGCUUAACCCCAAAGAUAAUGAAUACUGUUCCUUCCCUUAUGAAGUAAUCACUAACAUUCAGUGUCGAUUUGCUGAUCAGCCUGAGAGACCAAUCAGCGAGUCACCAGACAAUGUGACAUGCGACAAAGACAAAGGGCUCACCUGUGCAGUCUCUAAAAGUGCUAUGGAGGAGAAAAGAUUUUGUUUUGACUACCAAGUUCGCAUUUGCUGUGAGCCAGUGACACCAGUGAGCACAACAAGCACCAGUACAACUUCCACUUCGGCAGUGUCAACGACAACACAGGAAAUAACUACCACACCUGUGACUGAGAAAACUACUACAGCAGGGUUGACUACAACAGUGACACCAACUACAACUGGGUCCACUACUGGCUCCAGACCGGAAGUGACCACGACAACAGUGAAAUCUGCUACAACCAGGUCCACUCCAGGCUCCACACCGGAAGUGCCAACUCCAUCAACUGUAACAACAACUUUGUCUACAGCCAGUUCUACAACUGCAGUGUCAACGACAACACAGGAAAUAACUACCACACCUGUGACUGAGAAAACUACUACAGCAGGGUUGACUACAACAGUGAAACCAACUACAACUGGGUCCACUACUGGCUCCAGACCGGAAGUGACCACGACAACAGUGAAAUCAACUACAACCAGCUCCACUCCUGGCUCCACACCGGAAGUGCCAACUCCAUCAACCGUAACAACAACUGUGUCUACAGCCAGUUCUACAACUGAGGUCGUCUGCCAUGGCAAAUGGUCACCCUGGAUUAAUGAACAUACACCUUCUAAGGACAGCCCAGGCGACUUUGAAUUGCUUAACCCCAAAGAUAAUGAAUACUGUUCCUUCCCUUAUGAAGUAAUCACUAACAUUCAGUGUCGAUUUGCUGAUCAGCCUGAGAGACCAAUCAGCGAGUCACCAGACAAUGUGACAUGCGACAAAGACAAAGGGCUCACCUGUGCAGUCUCUAAAAGUGCUAUGGAGGAGAAAAGAUUUUGUUUUGACUACCAAGUUCGCAUUUGCUGUGAGCCAGUGACACCAGUGAGCACAACAAGCACCAGUACAACUUCCACUUCGGCAGUGUCAACGACAACACAGGAAAUAACUACCACACCUGUGACUGAGAAAACUACUACAGCAGGGUUGACUACAACAGUGACACCAACUACAACUGGGUCCACUACUGGCUCCAGACCGGAAGUGACCACGACAACAGUGAAAUCUGCUACAACCAGGUCCACUCCAGGCUCCACACCGGAAGUGCCAACUCCAUCAACUGUAACAACAACUUUGUCUACAGCCAGUUCUACAACUGCAGUGUCAACGACAACACAGGAAAUAACUACCACACCUGUGACUGAGAAAACUACUACAGCAGGGUUGACUACAACAGUGACACCAACUACAACUGGGUCCACUACUGGCUCCAGACCGGAAGUGACCACGACAACAGUGAAAUCAACUACAACCAGCUCCACUCCUGGCUCCACACCGGAAGUGCCAACUCCAUCAACCGUAACAACAACUGUGUCUACAGCCAGUUCUACAACUGAGGUCGUCUGCCAUGGCAAAUGGUCACCCUGGAUUAAUGAACAUACACCUUCUAAGGACAGCCCAGGCGACUUUGAAUUGCUUAACCCCAAAGAUAAUGAAUACUGUUCCUUCCCUUAUGAAGUAAUCACUAACAUUCAGUGUCGAUUUGCUGAUCAGCCUGAGAGACCAAUCAGCGAGUCACCAGACAAUGUGACAUGCGACAAAGACAAAGGGCUCACCUGUGCAGUCUCUAAAAGUGCUAUGGAGGAGAAAAGAUUUUGUUUUGACUACCAAGUUCGCAUUUGCUGUGAGCCAGUGACACCAGUGAGCACAACAAGCACCAGUACAACUUCCACUUCGGCAGUGUCAACGACAACACAGGAAAUAACUACCACACCUGUGACUGAGAAAACUACUACAGCAGGGUUGACUACAACAGUGACACCAACUACAACUGGGUCCACUACUGGCUCCAGACCGGAAGUGACCACGACAACAGUGAAAUCUGCUACAACCAGGUCCACUCCAGGCUCCACACCGGAAGUGCCAACUCCAUCAACUGUAACAACAACUUUGUCUACAGCCAGUUCUACAACUGCAGUGUCAACGACAACACAGGAAAUAACUACCACACCUGUGACUGAGAAAACUACUACAGCAGGGUUGACUACAACAGUGACACCAACUACAACUGGGUCCACUACUGGCUCCAGACCGGAAGUGACUACGACAACAGUGAAAUCUGCUACAACCAGGUCCACUCCAGGCUCCACACCGGAAGUGCCAACUCCAUCAACUGUAACAACAACUUUGUCUACAGCCAGUUCUACAACUGCAGUGUCAACGACAACACAGGAAAUAACUACCACACCUGUGACUGAGAAAACUACUACAGCAGGGUUGACUACAACAGUGAAACCAACUACAACUGGGUCCACUACUGGCUCCAGACCGGAAGUGACCACGACAACAGUGAAAUCAACUACAACCAGCUCCACUCCUGGCUCCACACCGGAAGUGCCAACUCCAUCAACCGUAACAACAACUGUGUCUACAGCCAGUUCUACAACUGAGGUCGUCUGCCAUGGCAAAUGGUCACCCUGGAUUAAUGAACAUACACCUUCUAAGGACAGCCCAGGCGACUUUGAAUUGCUUAACCCCAAAGAUAAUGAAUACUGUUCCUUCCCUUAUGAAGUAAUCACUAACAUUCAGUGUCGAUUUGCUGAUCAGCCUGAGAGACCAAUCAGCGAGUCACCAGACAAUGUGACAUGCGACAAAGACAAAGGGCUCACCUGUGCAGUCUCUAAAAGUGCUAUGGAGGAGAAAAGAUUUUGUUUUGACUACCAAGUUCGCAUUUGCUGUGAGCCAGUGACACCAGUGAGCACAACAAGCACCAGUACAACUUCCACUUCGGCAGUGUCAACGACAACACAGGAAAUAACUACCACACCUGUGACUGAGAAAACUACUACAGCAGGGUUGACUACAACAGUGACACCAACUACAACUGGGUCCACUACUGGCUCCAGACCGGAAGUGACCACGACAACAGUGAAAUCUGCUACAACCAGGUCCACUCCAGGCUCCACACCGGAAGUGCCAUCUCCAUCAACUGUAACAACAACUUUGUCUACAGCCAGUCCUACAACUGAGGUCCUCUGUAAUGGCAAAUGGUCACCCUGGAUUAAUGAACAUACACCUUCUAAGGACAGCCCAGGCGAUUUUGAAUUGCUUAACCCCAAAGAUAAUGAAUACUGUUCCUUCCCUUAUGAAGAAGUUACUAACAUUCAGUGUCGAUUUGUUGAUCAGCCAGAGAGACCAAUCAGCGAGUCACCAGACAAUGUGACAUGUGACAAAGAUAAAGGGCUCACCUGUGUAGUCUCUAGAAGUGCUUUGGAGGAGAAAAGAUUUUGUUUUGACUACCAAGUUCGCAUUUGCUGUGAGCCAUUGACACCAGUGAGCACAACAAGCACCAGUAGAACCUCCACUUCAGCAGUGUCAACAACAACACAGGAAACAACUACCACACCUGUGACUGAGAAAACUACUUCAGCAGUGGGGUUGACUACAACAGUGACACCAACUACAACUGGGUCCACUACUGGCUCCAGACCGGCAGUGACCACGACAACAGUGAAAUCUGUUACAACCAGGUCCACUCCGGGCUCCACACCGGAAGUGCCAACUCCCUCAACCGUAACAACUGUGUCUACAGCCAGUUCUACAACUGAAUUAACAACUACACCAGUGUCAUUAACAACAACUGGCUCAACCAUUGGUUCUACAACUGAAGAAACAACUACAAAAACAGAGACAACCACCACAGCUAGUUCUACUGCCAGUUCUACACCUGAAGAAUCACCUACAACACCAGAAGCAAGCACCACAAGUGCGACGAUUGCCAGUUCCACAACUGAAGAAAUAACUUUGACAACAGUAACAAGCACCACAUAUGAGACUACAACCAGUUCCACAACUGAAGAAACAACUACAACAGAGGCAGCCACCACAGUUAGUUCUACUGUCAUUUCUGCACCUGUGGGAAUAACCACAACAGUUCCACCAACUAUAACUGGCUCUACCAGUGGUUCCACAACUGAAGAAACGACUUCAACAACAGCAACAACCAUGACAAAUGGGUCUACUGCCAGUUUCACAACAGAAUUAACAACUACACCAGUGUCACCAACAACAACUGGCUCAACCACUGGUUCCACAACUGAAGAAACAACUACAACAGCAGAGACAACCACCACAGCUAGUUCUACUGCCAGUUCCUUACCUGAAGAAUCACCUACAACACCAGGAGCAAGCACCACAAGUGAGAUGACUGCCAGUUCCACAACUGAAUUAACAACUGCACCAGUGUCACCAAUAACAACUGGCUCAACCACUGGCUCCACAACUGAAGAAACAACUAAAACAACAGAGACAACCACCACAGCCAGUUCUACUGCCAAAGAAACAACUACAAAAACAGAGACAACCACCACAGCUAGUUCUACUGCCAGUUCCUUACCUGAGGGAACAACUACAACAGUGCCACCAACUACAACUGGCUCUACUAGUAGUUCCACAACCGGAUUAACAACUACACCAGUGUCACUAACAACAACUGGCUCAAACACGGGCUCCACAAUUGAAGAAACAACUACAACAACAGAGACAACCACCACAGCUAGUUCUACUGCCAGUUCCACACCUGUGGGAACAAUAACAACAGUGCCACUAACUAGAUCUGGCUCAACCACUGGCUCCAUAACUGAAGAAACAACUACAACAACAGAGACAACCACCACAGCUAGUUCUACUGCCAGUUCCACACCUGUGGGAACAACUACAACAUUGCCACUAACUACAACUGGUUCUACCAGUAGUUCCACAACUGAAGAAACAACUUCAACAACAGCAACAAUCAGCACUUAUGGGUCUACUGCUAGUUCCACAACUGGAUUAACAGCUACACCAGUGUCACCAACAACAACUGGCUCAACCACUGGCUCCACAACUGAAGAAACAACUACAACAACAGAGACAACCACCACAGCUAGUUCUACUGCCAGUUCCACACCUGAAGGAUCAGCUACAACAACAGGGACAAGUACCACAAGUGAGACGACUGCCAGUUCCACAACUGAAGGAUCAGCUACAACAACAGGGACAAGUACCACAAGUGAGACGACUGCCAGUUCCACAACUGAGGGAACAGCUGCAACAUUGCUACCAACUACAACUGGUUUUACCAGUGGUUCCACAACUGAAGAAAUAACUUUGACAACUGUAACAAGCACCAUAUAUGAGACUACAACCAGUUCCACAACUGAAUUAACACCUGUGUCACCAACUGGCUCAACCACUGGCUCCACAACUGAAGAAACAACUACAACAACAGAGACAACCACCACAGCUAGUUCUACUGCCAGUUCCACACCUGAAUCAACAACAACAGGGUCAAGCAACACACGCAAGGCGACUGCCAGUUCCACAACUGAGGGAACAACUACAACAGUGCCACCAGCUAAAACUGGAUCUACCAGUGGUUCCACAACUGAAGAAACAACUUCAACAACAGUGACAACCACCAUGCCGGUGUCUACUACCAGAUCCAUAACUGAAGGAACAACUACAAUAGUGUCACCAACAACAACUGGCUCCACAACUGAAGAAACAACUACAACAACAGAGACAACCACCACAGCUAGUUCUACUGCCAGCUCCACGCCUGAAGGAACAACUACAAAAGUGUCACCAAGAACAACUCGCUCAACCACUGAAGAAUCAAUUACAACACCAGGAGCAAGCACCACAAGUGAGGCGACUGCCAGUUCCACAACUGGAGAAAUAACAUCAACAACAGUAACAACCAUCACAUACGGUUCGACUGCCAGUUCCUCAACUGAAGCAACAACUACACCAGUGUCACCAAAAACAACUGGCUCAACCAUUGGCUCCACAACUCGAGAAAAAAGUACAACACUAGGGGUAAGAACCACAACUGGGUCUACUAUCAGCUCCACCACUGAGAUUCCUUGCAAUGGUGUGUGGUCGGGCUGGAUUAAUAACAACACUCCAUCUCUUCCAUUUAACAUUCAAGAUCGUGAAUUAUUGAAUCCAAUUCGUAACACUGUGUGUAACUCUGCUUCAGACCGGAUUACUAAUAUUCAAUGCGAAGCCAUCAGGUUCCCUGGGUCUCCAAUUAGUCAGACUAAGGACAACGUGACAUGUGACUUAAAUAAUGGAUUGAUAUGUAAACAACCAGCUUAUGGUGCAUUCAUCUGUUUGGACUACAGAAUUAGAGUUUGCUGCGAGCCAAGUGAAAACACAACCCCUCCACUCACAACUACGACUGUCUCCACAAUGACCACACCUGAAGAAUGUUUCUGUAAUUCAGACCCACCAAGAAAGUGCAAUGAGACAUGGCAAGAGAACUGUGCAACCUUUACUUGUGUCAUAGCACAAACAUAUGAAAUUAGGCAAGUUGCCUGUGAACGGCCUGUGAAACCUACAUGUUACAGCUGGUUAGAACCCGUCAGAGUUACAACUGAAGGCGGCUGCUGUUCGAAAUGGGACUGUGAUUGUGAAUGUCUAGUAUGGGGAGGUCUACAUUAUCGUACCUUCGAUGGGGUAUUCUAUGACUUCUUUGAAAAUUGUACAUAUGUUCUUGUGCAAGAAAUAGUCCCACGAUACAAUUUUUCUGUGGUACUUGACAAUCAUUAUUGCAGUCCACAAAUACCUACAUCUUGCGCCAAAAAACUAAUUAUUAACUACAAUGGAAAUGUCAUACAUUUUUCAACUGAAGGAAGACCUAGGGUAACAGUCAAUGGAAUAGAAGUGAGCUUUCCAUAUCAAAAAGAAGGAUUUAACAUUACAAAACUUCAUAAACGAGUAUCCAUUUUUAUCCCUGACAUUCGAACUACUGUCAUUGGCUAUCAAAACAGCUUCAUGAUUAAAGUGCCAGAACAGUACUUCUUAGAUAAUAGCCAAGGACAAUGUGGUUCUUGUUCCAAAAAUGUAAGAGAUGACUGUGUAAGAAGGAAUGGAAGAAUCGAGCCUCGUGACUGUUGUGACCAAACUGCACUUGACUGGAAGGUUGAUGAUCCUAGUAAACCAUAUUGCCAAGCAACUCCUACAAAUGUGCCUUGUGUUGUAACUCCUACCAUCCCACCAUGUGAAUUGGGGAAAACAGUGUGUAAUGCUAUAUCAGGAAAUUCAUUCAGAAGAUGCAGAAACAGGCAAGAACUUAAAAACUACGUCAAGGCGUGUCAGUACGACCAGUGUGAAUUGAAUUCGACAGAGAUGGUCUGUUCUAGCCUGGAAGCUGCUGCCAUGACAUGUAACGCAGUAGGGGCAUGUGUUGACUGGAGAGGCUCGACAAAUGGAUUAUGCCCCUACAACUGUCCAAGAGGUUUCAUCUAUACAGCCUGCUCCAGAUACAAUCACAAUUAUUGUAAGAAUGGUGUAAUGAUGCCUGGGGAGAGAUUUGUUGAGCAAAUCGAAGGCUGCUUUUGUCCCAGUGGAAUGAUGCUAUCUGACGAUGAGACCCAAUGUGUUCCUUCAUGCGCUAGGUGCAAAGACUUUUCAGGGAACCUAAGAUCUGAAGGAGAAGAUUGGUCUCAUCCCAAUGAUACAUGUAUCUACUACAGCUGUAGUGAAGGUGUUGUAAUAGAGAUGAGAAAAGCAUGUUUAUUUCAUCCAAUAUGUGAUGAGUCUGACAAGAUUUGGGUCAAUGAUGGCUGCUGCUAUAUCUGCCCUGAACAAUUGAGAACUUGUAAGGUGAAAAGCAAAGAGCUUGAGAUCAAAAAGCAUAAUUGUUCAGCAAGCGUUCAGAUGAAAUACUGUGAAGGAAGUUGUGCUUCACUUUCCAUAUUUAAUCCCAACAUGAAUGGUAUGGAACAUCAAUGUCAGUGUUGUAAGGAACAUGAAAUAGAGGAAAAAAUAGCAAAGCUGACAUGCAGCAAUGGAAGAACUCAAUUGUACACCUAUAUUUCUGUGAAGUCAUGCAAGUGCAAUAUCUGUUAAUUCAGUGAUGAAUAAUGCUGCACUCACACAGCUAGUCAACUGACGUAAUUCAUGCAAUAUAAAUUGAUCUGAAAUCUAAAAUUAAGUUCUAAGCUCCAAGACAAUAAUUUUUCUUUGCAACUUCCAUUUGCUUUGGUGUUAUUUGGUGGUAAUAAGUUGUGAAGUGCUAUUUACUUCAAACUACUUCUGUUAAUCUAUGGGAUUGUAGUCUCUUUGUAACAUGUCUUCUGUGUGCUGCAAAUUUUUCACCUUUUGUUCGGUGAGGAAUUAAAAUCAAUAAGGUAUUUUCUGUAUUAAUGAAGCACUGUAAUUUGUACUUGUCAUAUUUUCCCAUUAUUUUAAAUUAUUACGUAUGUGAAAGAAACAUGUAAUUUGUACACAAUUUAAAUACACCUGCUCUGUGCAACUAA